AUGUCCACCGCGGAGGAACUUUUGCGCGACUUCGAGGAAGAUGAGGACUUUCAGAACGAGGAAGAUGUAGAGCAAGAGCUCGAGGAGGACCAGGGCCUCCAAGAAGGCGCGGAACCGACCAACGAGUUCGACCGCUCAGUAACGACGACCGACGAAUUGACCCGGCUACACAAAGUCCUACGCGAUCACUACUCUACUCGAUUCCCCGAACUCGAGACUAUGGUUACAAAUCCGAUCAAAUACGCGAAAACCGUUGCGAUCUUGAAAAAUGGACCCUUUGACGAUAUCAAGGCCCUCUCAUCUUCGGCGGAUAACAUGGCUGGCGAGCCGCUCAAGUCUGUGCUGGAUGGGCCGUCUCUGAUGAUAGUUGCGCUCGAGGGAACUACUACCCGUGGACGAGAGUUGAGCGAAUCGGAGCUUAAGCUCGUUCUUGAUACUUGUGAGAGAAUUCUGAAGCUUGAUCGCGAGCGUACGGCCCUCACUCAGAGCAUUCAGUCCCGCGUGAAUUCAAUUGCGCCUAACUUGGCAGCCUUGAUCGGAUCGGAGACAGCAGCUCAGUUCCUUAAUCAGACCGGCGGUCUGCUUGAAUUGGCCAAGAUCCCCGCGUGUAACCUGGGCGCUCAAGGUUCCAAGAGACAGGAAGGGCUGGGCUUUGCUACCAACCACGGAGUUCGUGCGCAAGGUUUCCUCUACGAUUCGCCCCUCAUCCAGGAAGUACCAAACGACCUCAAGAAGCAGGCCAUUCGCAUUGUGUCUGCCAAGAUGGUUCUCGCCGUUCGAGCCGACGUUUCCAACUACAGCAAGGAUGGCUCUCUCGGUGUCGACUUGCAGGCACAAUGUCUCCAGCGAUUGGAGAAGUUGACCGAGCCCCCGCCCAACUCCGGAGUCAAGGCACUCCCCGCCCCCAACGACAAGCCAUCUAGGAAGCGUGGUGGACGACGUGCCCGAAAGGCUAAAGAGGCCGUGGCAAUGACCGAACUACGUAAGGCACAGAACCGAGUCGCUUUCGGCAAGGAGGAAUCGGAAGUUGGGUACGGCACCGGCGAAGGCACUGUGGGUCUGGAUCGACCAACGCACACGUGCCAAACUCAGCAAGAACAACAAGGGCUGGGGCACAUCCACCCUGCAGGGGGCACUGCUUCGUCGCUACGUGGCUUCGGCCAGGGCGGCGUUGGUGGCACUGCCAGCGUCCUGCAAUCCAAGGGCCUGCGUUCGUCGGGCGUUGGAACAUCUUUGAAUGCAGGCGCCGGUACAGCCAGUACCAUCGCAUUCACUCCUGUCCAGGGUCUGGAGCUCGUCGAUCCCAAGGUGCAGGCCGAACUGAACCGCAAGCGCAAGGCCGAAGAAGAUCGCUGGUUCAACUCAGGCACAUUCACCCAGGUUGGCGGGCAAAGCAAAGAGAAAGACGGCUUCAAAGUGCCUGCUCUUCCACCCAAGAAAAAGGUCGACACGGGCGAUGGUAAAAUGGGGCCACCACCCAAGCCCUAG